GACGAUCAACAAGGACAUCGUGGUUGAAAUGCCAGCGCGGUGGGAAUGGAAGUUUGAGUAACGCAAGGAAAGAAGGAUGGAUUAAUGAUCCGAAAUAUGGGCCGACAUUUAUUUCUCAGUAUUUCUGUAAUCUCCUCUCUUGGUAUAUGAAGCAGCCCAAUGGCGUAAGCUCAAGACAUUGAUGUUUUGGACAACAGUUCCACUGCAGGCUAGCUAUGAGAUGCAACCAGAAUAGUAACAUAACUGACUAUGAUCAUGUUGCCAGUGACCCAUAGAGUAUGGAGACGGGUUGUCUGCAUCCUUAAAACAAGCAGUCCGUGGUUUGCUCCACAGAGGAGCCUGCGCAGGUCUGUAGGAGAACUCAGUGAUGCCGAGACCAUAUAUGCCUUGUCAUCAGGACACGGCAGGUGUGGAGUGGCGGUGGUGCGCGUGAGUGGUCCCGACUCCCUAACGGCCCUAAGGAAAAUGACCGGCCUCACCAGCGGCCGCCUCGCUCCGCGCACCGCCUUCCUCCGCAGCAUCACCGACCCGCGCUCCAAGGAGCUCCUGGACAGAGGGCUGGUGCUGUGGUUCCCAGGCCCACACAGCUUCACAGGCGAGGACAGUGCAGAGUUUCAUAUCCAUGGUGGACCGGCGGUUAUUGCAGCAGUCUUGCAAGCUCUAGGAAGCCUUCCCGGUGUGAGGCCGGCGGAGGCAGGGGAGUUUACACGGAGGGCCUUCCACGCGGGGAAGUUGGGCCUGACGGAGGUGGAGGGGCUGGGGGACCUGAUCCACGCCGAGACGGAGGCCCAGAGGAGGCAGGCCCUCAGGCAGAUGUCUGGGGAGCUGGGCCUCCUCUACCAGGACUGGAGCCAGAGGCUGAAACGGGCUUUGGCUCACGUGGAGGCGUUCAUAGACUUCAGUGAGGAUGAGCUCAUCGAGGAAGGGGUCUUAAACCAAGUGGACAGGUCUGUGUGUGAGCUGCAGAGGGAGAUCGAGGUUCACCUGAGGGACGAGAGGAGAGGAGAGCGGCUGAGGAGCGGGGUUCAGGUGGUCAUAGCAGGAGCCACCAACGCCGGGAAGAGCAGCCUUCUCAACACCCUGUGCCGGCGGCCGGCGGCCAUCGUGUCCGCGGUGGCGGGGACGACCAGGGACGUGGUGGAGACCCCCCUGGACCUGGGGGGUCUCCCCGUGUUGCUGAGUGACACGGCGGGGCUGAGAGACAGCACCGACAGCGUGGAGCAGGAGGGCGUCCGCAGAGCCCGGGAGAGGGUGGAGCAGGCGGACCUAUCUCUGGUGGUGGUGGACUCCACUCAGCUCCCCCCCGAUGACACGCUGGUGCCAGACUUCCUCCAGGGGCACCUCCGAAGCGUGCUGCCCAGCAGGGAGCCCCCCGAGGCGGGCGCGGGCGCUGACCCGGAGAGGUGCCUGCUGGUCUUGAACAAGAGCGACCUGGUGCCUCUGGACCGGAGGGAGAGGGUGGAGGAGGAGCUGAGGAGGAGCCCUGGCCUCCCUCCUGUGUGCUUUCUCUCCUGCCACACCAGCUCCGGCCUGGAGGCCUUCCUCUCCCUGCUCCACAGCCACGUCAGGACUCUGUGUGGUGACCCUCUGUCCGGUUCCCCUAGUCUGACCCAAGCCCGCCACAGGGCCCACCUCCAGCAGUGUGGCUUGGCGCUGGCCCAGUACCACCACUACCGGAACCAGGACCUGGCCCUCGCCGCCGAGGGGGUCCGCCUGGCCCUCACCAGCCUGGGCCGGAUCACAGGACGGGUGGGCGCGGAGGAGAUCCUGGAUAUCAUAUUCAGAGACUUCUGCAUAGGGAAAUAAUAGUAGGCUCUGCAGAACAGACACAGACAGCUCGACUGUGAGGCGGAAAUGUAUGUUGUGCCAGCAUGGUGCAUGGUGGACAACUUGCACUCGGCAUACCCUCUGCCUUUUUUUGGGUGUUUUUUUUUAUGCCAGUAUUAAAGGUCAUAUACUGAA